AUGGAUAGGGAUUCACAAAGAACAUCACAGGAUGUGCCUCUGUCCGCUGCUCAUGUCCAUGUUAAUGGUGGUUUUUUAGCUGACCAUUCUACCAACUCAGCAGUAUGUGCUCUGUGCCGAAGAAUUCUAGUACCCGAUAAUGAUGAUCUUGAGACUAUCAGUAUAUGUGGGGACUGUAAAUUUUUGCUGCUUGAAGAUCUUGAGACCCCCUUUCGAGACUCUCAUCGGAGGAGGCCUCACAGAGGAAGAAGAACCAGGUACAGCAGCUCUGACUCGAUUGACAACCAUUUCUCACAACAAUUUUCUCAGGUGAUUAAUUUGGCUAGGCAAAACCAGUCCACUUUCUAUGGAAAUGAAGAUCGAUCUAUAGAUGGUGAUAGUUCUGCUAGGUUGUUACAGCGUAUGAGCUCUCACACGACUCCAAGUAGUUCUAGAAGAUGGCAGCGUCUUUUUCAGAUUCUGAAAGUGAGGGUUUUGAUAAUGUGGAUUCUCUUUACGGGGAGAGUGAAAGUAAUUUCAGAUCCAGUAGAUAUGUUUAUUCAAGCAGAUGAGGGAAGCAAUUUUGACAGUGAUACUGACAUCGAUCCAAUGCAUGCUGGUCUCCACCAAUGGAACUCUGAUGACCUGGAAGAGGAAGAGGAUGAAGAAGACGGUGAAUGGGAAGAGGCUGAUAUUGAGGAAGACACAAAUGAAUCCAUAGAAGCUGGAGCUCGUCUUCAUAAUUUGUUUAUUUCAGGUCCUAUUGAAGGUAAUGGCCCUGUUAGUUGGCGCAGGCAGUUUCAUUCACCGGAAUUUGAGGACCUGAGUCGCUGGAGAACCAGACAAAUUAGACAAGCCCAUAACCAUGACUUCUUCACUAACUUGGAAGAAUCAGAAUUACCACAACAUAUAGGGAAUUCUGAGUUGGGAGAUUAUGCAACAGGCUUUGGGGAUUUGCUUGAAGCUCUUGCUCAUUCUGAAAUUGGAAGGAGAGGAGCACCUCCUGCAGCUCUGUCAUUUGUGAACAAUCUACCAUGUAUAAUCAUCAAUGAGGAACAUGAGAAGCAUGAUGGUUUAGUUUGUGCAAUCUGCAAGGAUCUUUUGCCAAUUGGCACUGAAGUUAACCAGCUUCCCUGCCUUCACCUAUACCACCCUUCCUGCAUAUUGCCAUGGCUGAGUGCGCGAAAUUCAUGCCCUCUCUGUAGGUAUGAAUUUCCAACUGAUGACCAAGACUAUGAGGAGGGUAAACGAAACGCUGGUACCAGAACGGAGAUCCAUGGUAUUCAGCAGCAGGAAGUUAGUGAGGACAGUUCCUCUGAUGUCUCAGAUGAACCUCUUGAACAUGGUCAACGCAGCAGGGAACUCCUAGAUGUGGGUCCGCUCUUAAGCAGCUCUGGCGGAGAGGGCAGUAGAAGGAGAUGGUUUUUGCUUGCGGCUGCUCCCCUUGUUAGCCUUUUGGGUAUUGUCCUUGUGAUGUGGUGGGGCAAUCCUCAACGAAGACGAGCAAAUAGUCAUUGCAACUUACAUGAGAGAGGCCUGCGUCGGAUUCAAGUUUCUGGCUCUUCCCACCCCAACCAACGGGGUAAUGGGAGGAGAAGAUGGUGGUCUUUUUUUGAGGAGAUUUCGUUGAACUAA